UUUCUUGCGUUUCUUGUUUGAGUCCGAGCGCUCCGCCUUGAACAAAAUACGAUGUGUGGGCGAACAGCAUGUGGUCUGUCAAAGCCAUGCCUCAGCCUUGCCUGCCAGUACCAGGACCCUGAGGGUUCGUACCAGUGUCCAGAGUGGUGCGACAUUGAUUUGAAUGGCACCUACAAGCCUUCCUACAAUGUAGCACCCACAAGUUAUUGCCCAGUGCUGGUUGACAACAGCAAGCUUGAUGACAACAUGCCGCCUAAGAGGGUGUUGACUGCCAUGAAGUGGGGGCUUGUGCCGAGCUGGCAUCCAGGGGACCCGGCGGACUUCAAGCUGCACACAUUCAAUUGCCGUGUGGAGGGCUGUAACAGCCGAAAGUGCUACCAGCCUGCGAUCGCAAAGGGCCGCCGUUGUGUGGUUGUUGCCGAAGGGUUCGUUUCAAAAACCAUUUUAUGAUGUCAAAUGGUGAGCUUUCUGCUUGCACGGG